AGAGCGCGCCGCCGGGAGCCCCGCGGCGGGCUGAGGCGCCGGGGGUCGCCGCUGUCCCCCCCCCCCCGCGGCAGCGCCCAUGUCCCCGCGGCCGCCGGGACGAUGCUGUUCUCCCUGCGGGAGCUGGUGCAGUGGUUGGGCUUCGCCACCUUCGAGAUCUUCCUGCACGGCCUGGCGCUGCUCGUCUUCUCCGUGCUCCUCGUCCUGAAGGUGGACGGCCAGGCCUCGGCCCUCUCUUGGUGGGUCGUCUUCAUCCCCUUCUUCGCCGCCGACGGCCUCAGCACCUACUUCACCACCAUCGUGUCCGUGCGGCUCUUCCAGGACGGGGAGAAGCGGCUGGCCGUGCUGCGCCUCUUCUGGAUCCUCACCAUCCUCAGCCUCAAGUUUGUCUUCGAGAUGCUGCUGUGCCAGAAGCUGGUGGAGCACACCCGGGAGCUCUGGUACGGGCUCAUCAUGUCACCCGUCUUCAUCCUCCUCCAGCUGCUCAUGAUCCGAGCCUGCCGGGUGAACUGACGGCGAGGGAGCGGGCUCCGCAUCGCCGCCCUCGCCCCGGCUGGGGACGUGCCUGCCUCACCCGGGGGGGGACCUGGACUCACAGCGACGGCCAUUGGGCUUUUCCCCAUCGUUAUUUCCUUGCAGAGUGGGGGGUGGCAGGUUGCACAGGUCCGGUUCUGGGAGAGGAAGGGGCUGUCAUUAAGCAGGUGGCUGCGUUGUGUAGCACCCCGUUUCUUUGGAAGAUCCUUUUGUGCCGCAACCUUAUUUCAGUUCACUCAGCUUCUGGUGUUAGUCUGAAAGUAUCCUGCCCUGCAAGCACUGUUUGAUAUGCUGGCUAUUUUAUUUUAAAAUAAAAAUGCACAGAAGGAUUA